CGCAGCCAGACGCUGCUUUGCCGCCCGUGCUGUGCUUUGCUGAGCUGCGGAGGCAUGGUGGGCUCCCUGGCGGCGCUCCUCCUGCUGGCGGCUUUCAGCCGACCGGCGAUCGCGUAUCCUGAGCCGCACCUGCACUUACUGUUUGGAGGCGACGCCUACGAACAACCCUCAGUUCGGCCAGCGCGAGGCCUGCUGGGUGGCAUCAUCAACGCUGCCUCUGGCGGCAUCCUCAAACCAUUCGUCGCGCCGCUAGGCGGCAGUGGCUCCAGCGCCUCGAGCAACAGCUACAGCACCGGCGUCACUCUACCCUUCGGAAUAUCAGCGGGAUUCUCCGGAUCGGCAUCUAAUGCCAACUCUGGUGCUGGCUUCCCAUUCGGCGGUGGUGGCGGCGGCGGCAGCUCCGCUGCUUCAGCAAGCUCCAGUGCCUCCUCAGGAAGUGGUGGCGGCGGAUAUGGAGGCGCUUCUUCCGGAGCAGCAAGUAAUGCGCAGGCCAACUCUUACGGGAACGGCUACGGUGGACCCGUUCCUAACUACGGAGGUUCAUCGUCGGGUGCCUCGAGCGACGCCCAGAGCUCAGCUGGCAGUGGCGGUGGAGGCGCGUCUUCUGGUGCAUCAAGCAAUGCUCAGAGCUCUGCUAACUCAUAUGGUAGUGGAUACGCCGCCCUUCCUCCAAAUGCUGGCGGGGCGUCUUCUGGAGCGUCGAGUAAUGCACAGAGCUCUGCUAAUUCAUACGGUAAUCAUGGCUUGCGCAGAUCUCCAUAUAUUGCAUCAGUAGGGGAAUUUCAAGGACCUCCUCUACCACCUCCAGGACCCAGAGGACCUCCACCACCCCCACCAUUUGCGGGCCCUCCAGGACCUCCACAUUUUGAAGGCCCUCCACCAUUUGAAGGUCCUCCACCUAGACCGCAUGGGCCACCAUAUGGACACGCUCAUGGUUUCCACAAGAAGCAUGAAGGAGGGUUCUAUAGACCUGAAGCAAACUUCAUUGAAGGUGGCGUGUAUGGUGGUGGAGGUGGCCGAAGAGAGGGUACAGGUGGAGGUACCACUCAUAUAGUGCUUGUUCCUGUGGAAGUCACUGACGGAGGUGGUAGUGCAUUUGGAGGUGGUGGAUCAUCCAGCAAUUCCCAAUCACAAGCAAAUGCUGCUGGUGGAUAUAGCCAAGGAGGAGGUGGUGGUGGUGGUGGUGGUGGUGGAUGUCAAAGGGGAUGUGGAGGCCCCAUAGCGGUUCAAGGAGGUGUCCCAGCAUACUCUCAAGGUAACUAUGGCGUUGGGGGAUAUGGUGGAAGUGGAAGCAGUUCUACAAGUCAGAGCCAGAGUUCAUCCCAAGCUGCUAGUGGUUCAACAGGGCAAAGUGGAACUGUGGCUGGCUAUGCACCAAGUGGUGGACUAGGACUGAGUAGCCAAGGUGCUUCUCAAGGUGGAAGUGGAUCCUAUUGGCAGGGAGCACAGUAUGGAGGAGGAUAUGGACAAGGUGGAGCAGGAGGAAAUUACAACAGCGGUGCAGGAUAUGUUGGUAGUGGUGGUGGUGGUGGUGGUGGUGGUGGUGGUGGUGGUAGUAUUGGUGGAGGUCUCAGUUCUGUUGGCAGUGGGGCAACAUCAGGUAGCCAGAGCUCAUCCCAAGCUGGAAGCAGUUCUGUUGGUACUCAGUUAGGUGGUGAGUAUGGCCAGGGUAGUGUAGGAGGUGGAUUUAACAAUGGAGGAGGCCUCAGUGGUGGCGGAUAUGGAGGAAGUGCUGGACAUGGAGGCAGUGGUUCAAGUGGUGGAGGGUAUGGAGUCCAAGGAGGCGGUUUGAAUUAUGGUGGAGGAUAUGGAGGACCUGGAGGUGGUGUCAGCGGUUCUUCCUCUGGAAGCAAAGCAUCAAGCAACGCUGGUAGUCAAGCUGGCACUGGUGGCUUCAGCAGUGGAGGCGAGUUUGGAGGUGGAGGCCUAGGCACUGCUGGAUCUGGUGGACUAGUCGGAAGUGGAGGAGGCUACAAUGGUUACAACCAAGGUGGAGGCUAUGGAGCUGUUGGAGGUGGCUCUUCCUCUGGUAGUAAGGCAUCGAGUAACGCUGCCAGCCAGAGUGGCAGCGGUGGUUUCAGUGGUGGAGGUGGUCUUCCAGCAGGUGGAGGAGGAUAUGGUGGUGUUGGAUCAACUUCUGGAGGUGGUGCUGGUGGUGGAGGCGCACUUAUGCCCCUCGAUCUAGCUGUCCAGGAGGUCUUUGGAGGUGGAGGUGGAGGUGGAGGUGGAGGUUCAUCCAGUGGGGCCCACAGUCAGUCGUCGUCUAGUUCCACGUCAGGAAGUGACGGUUUUGGAGGCAGCGGCUCUUCAAGUCAGAGCCAGUCGUCGUCUGGAUCCAGUUCUCUUGGUGGGGGCCAUGGAGGUAGCAGAAGCUCUAGCAAGUCGUCAUCGUCUAGUUCAGCUGGAGGCGGUCCUGGAGGCUCCUAUUCCAGCUCUAAGAGCGAAGCCAGCUCUUCGGCUGGUAGCGAUUCUUUCGUUUUUGCCAAGUGAAGAACAACUUUUUAAGUGCCUGAAUUUGAUAAAAGGAUCACCUGUCAGUGGUCAGCUAAUUUUCGUUCCCUAUAAUCAGUCAAUCGACGACGAAGGUGGGAAUUCUUCCGACCUCACCUACUGAUGCCUAUUCGUUAGUGAUUGACUGUUGUGUGAAAAUAUUUCUGACAAAUCAUAAAAUGCAACAACCUUCAUAAAGCGUACUAUCAACUCGGGCUAAAGGCACAGUGUCGUAAAUAAUUAUUGCUGUUCAAAAAGGAGUCUGCAUUAAAAGUGAUUUACACAUA